AAUAGACCAUCCUUUGUCAAAGCUCGUGAAGAUGGUGGCCGGGCUUUGAAUCUUUCCCCGCAAUACAUUCGGGUCAUGUCGGAGAGCCAUCAUUCCUCCCGAAAUUGACCACCCAUGUGAAGGACGGAAGAACGUUCCGCGGGAUAGCAACGAAUUAUACAUUUUGGACUCUUGGAGCUAUUCUUACCCAAGGUUUCAUUUUUGGGUUCUCGCCCAAAGUGCCAAAAACUUGAAACCGACGUCGAUGGGUUUCAUCAUACAUAGCCAUUGUCGGCUUUUUUUUUUUAUGAUGCCAUCCUAGCAGAACCAAACAAAUAAUUGGCUUUUUUUCUCGUUUUAUGACAAAUGAUGUUUAGUUAUUGCACAUUGGAUGACUAUCUACAGAUCCAGUCAUUGCUUCAACACGAGCAAAGACGACGGGAUCGUGCCAUUCAACAACAUGUGCAGCAGCAUCACGAAGCGCUCCGGAGGCGGCGUGCACAGCAAUAUCGUCUUGCGCGUGCCAUGCAUAAUCUUAAAAUGCUCAAGGAGACUUACCGUCGGGAACGGGCAUAUCGGAUCCAGCGCUACAUGGAAUACUAUCGGAAUCAAACAUUAAUUGCGGCCGUGGAAGAUGCCUUUUACCGUCAAUGCUUGGCAUCCGCUAUCGAGCAAAGACGUGCCGAAGCAGUUCGUCAACAAUAUCGUCAGAUCGAGCAGCAACAACAACUUAAUUAUAGUAACUACAGCAACAACCAAGAAGCAGAAGACAGCGACGAGGAUGACGACAAGGGUUUUGAGGACUUUCAUGCGACCCAGCUGGCUGAGCUUCUCCGACUCUUAUUUGAUCGUCAGCAGCUCGAGGAGCAAGUGAAACAGCAGCAGCAAGCUCAGCCCAACAAUCCGGAGCAGCAGCAACAGCAACAACGUGAAGUAACUGACGCCAGCGACCAAGAAGAGGCACACGAUCUGUGGAAUUACAUUACCCAUCUUCAAGAUGAACAAAAAGAUAAAGUUGAACAGCCCAAACGAGUGAAAGAACAAACUGCUUCCGCUGCUGGUGAUGAAAACGAAGCAAUGGGGCCAGAACCAGAACCAGCAACUAGGGUCUUGGAAUCGAUGCAACAGCCAGCCAUCAGCGCUGCACCAGACUCAAACGGGCAGCAAGUCGACGGCUAUGAUGAACUGGUCAAUCAAGACGUCAACAAGAUUUUGCACAGGCAGCAGGCACACGUCAGGGAGCCGGAAGCGGUCAAUGUGAUCGACAACCGUGCGGGCGCACCCGAGCGACCCUAUAUGGAAAGCACGAAUAUUAAUAACGACGACGAAUACGACAAUGACGUUGACCAAGAAGAAGCGAGUCCUCCGCUCCAAGACCGGGUGCUGAAUCUCAAGGAUUUGCUAGACCAGCUUGUCUCCGAUGAAAGCUCAGACCAUGCUGCUUCCACUUCCCCAGACGCUGAACAAGAUGCUGACAAAUUUAGUAAGACCGCCGCCGACUACGAUGACGACGGCGUUGAGGAUGACGAUGACGCUGUGCUGUUUGAGCCUAAAAGUGUUGUCACUGACGCCGAACCUACCCCGCAACAAGAAGAUGCUCCUGCCAUUAACACACCGCAGCGCACACAGCCGACGGCGACAACGCAGCCCAACCAACAGCAGGAACAAGAAGAUCUCGUACACAAGAUUGCGGAGCAGCAAAAGCAAAACUUGCCACCCGCGGAUCCAGCAAAGUAUGAAGAACUACAGCAAGUUGAUCGUCAACUCCAAGAGAUCCAGGCCAACCGCUUGGCUACGGUUUUGCGUACACCGCUUCAAUUCGAGAACAAGUCAGGCACAUUACAUCUGACGGCCACGACACCUGAUAAUCGCGAGUUCUUGGGCUGUGAGGACGAAAUUAUGCGAACUAUGCUCAAGCUGGAUACAAUUUCGUCCAAUGGCGACGAAGGAGUCAGAGGUGAACGCAAGGCGCUCGUCAAGAAGGCUGAAGGGAUGCUCGAGCAGUUGGAUGGGCAUAAGCAGGUCGAAUGGGAAAUGGCUAGAAUGUCCAAGAAAGGAGGAGGGGGAGAACGGCAUCACAAGGAGAAGAACAGAAAGAAUCGCCAUCAUAAGCAGAAGCAGCAUCGCCAUCAUCAGCAACGUAGCAAGGCCGGUGGCAUCACUGUGUAGUGAAACAAAGAAUGACAUGCUCCGCGGAACCGGAAAGUUACCCCAUUGGUCCCACUUUAAAGCACUUGAUAUUUUCCAUUGUGCAUAACAAAGUUAUUUUGCAUAAAAACAUAUGACUACUACAUUUUUGUGUGUUAUACUACUCCUGAUGACUCAUAUUGUGUGAAUAAUAA